CCUACCUAGGUACCUAUCUUAACAAGCAUCAAGGAUCCUACCUACCUACAAUUCUCAAUUAACAUGACCCAAUCUGCCUGAAACCAAUUGCAACUGUCGAAUUGUCUAUAAUUGUGCAAAUUGGCGUCUUGUAUUCUCUUGAUCCACCCAGUUGAAUACGAAUUCCACGAGAAUAAGUCAAGAUUGCACCCUCAACGAAUCUUGUGGCGCAGCUACGUCCCUGGCGGCAUCUGCGUCAUACGAUUUCGACGACGGCACCUGAACUUGCUGUGUUUUACCUCAGCACACGCUCGAUUGUGAAAAUUUACAAAGGAUUCUUCUCUACUAUCACGAGCAUUUCUGGUGCCAGUCUGAUUGCGAAUCGGUCGUCUACGCUUCUCAAUCGUCGGUGCUUGUUUUCGAUUCAUCCUCCCUCUCUGCGACUAAGAGCUAGACAUCAUCGACCUGCUCUGCCACGUCCAUUGUGCGGCUCUUCGGACGCGAAAAUACCCUACUAUAGCACACGGGCGUUCGGGAUGUCGUCAGUCAAGAGAAAAGGCGACGCGGCGGCUGCCGACGCAAGCAAGAAGGCCAAGACGAACGGGAGCAUCACGUCAUUCUUCAAGGCGCCCAAGACGGCGGCGGCGGCGGCUGCGGGGGCAACAAAGGCUGGCGGGAGCGGAAUACCUUUUGCUGCAAACGAUCCUGCCUCGGUGGGAAAUCUGGCGGCGAGAUUCGAUAAGGAGAAAUGGGUUGCUACGCUUACCCCUGAGCAGAAGAAGCAUCUAGCCCUUGAAAUUAAUACUAUGGAUCCGAGCUGGUUGGCGCUUCUCAAGGACGAGGUCGUCAAGCCCGAGUUCAUUGCGCUCAAGAAAUUCAUCGAGGGGGAGGUUCGCUCUGGACAGACCGUCUUCCCACCAAGCGAGGAUGUUUAUUCUUGGUCCCGCCACACACCCUUCCACAAAGUAAAAUGUGUCAUCCUCGGCCAGGACCCCUACCACAACCACAACCAGGCCCACGGCCUCUGCUUCUCCGUGCGCCCGCCGACGCCCGCGCCGCCCUCGCUGAAAAACAUGUACAUCGCGCUGAAGAAGGACUAUCCAUCCUUCGUCCCGCCCCCGAAGAGCGGAGGCCUCUUGACGCCCUGGGCCGAGCGCGGCGUGCUCAUGCUGAAUACGUGUCUCACGGUCCGCGCGCACGCCGCCAACUCGCACCAGAAGCGCGGGUGGGAGGCAUUUACGCAAAAAGUCAUCGACCUCGUCGCUCAGAAGCGGACGAGGGGGGUCGUGUUUCUCGCGUGGGGGAAGCCCGCGGGGGACCGCGUCGCGCGCGUCGACGGGAAGAAACAUCUCGUGCUGAAGAGCGUGCAUCCUUCGCCGCUGAGCGCCUCGCGUGGAUUUUUCGACUGUGGACACUUUCGAAAGGCGAAUGAGUGGUUAAGGAAUCGGUAUGGAGAUGAGGAUGGGGAGAUUGAUUGGAAUCUGAACCCGGAUGGGGUGCCUACUGUUAGUAAGAAAGUGGAGGAAGAGAAGGAGAAUAAGAAGAUUGAUGGGAAUGAAGAUGUCGAUGAAGAUGAGGAGGCGGCUAUUGCGCUGGCUGCUGCUGAGGCUGAGGCCGAGGCCGAGACUGCUAUUACGCCUGUCGUUGCUGUUGGGAAAGUAAAGGCUUCGGGGGAAGAAGAGAGCGGUGUCCUUGAAAAGCGGGGUGAGGAUGGGAAUCCUGGUGAGGAGAGUAAGUAAAAAAGUAAGUAAGUGUGACCUUGAGAGAUCAGGGGGAUUUUUGUUAAAAUAUUUGUCUGUCUGGCGUUUAGGCUAGUUGAGUUUUGGCUUUUCUUCGUUUUAUAACCCCCCUCGGUACACUUUUCCACGCUCCCUGGUGCGCGAUAGAUUACUCCCAUCGUUUCUUGAUAAUGGGGGGAAAAGAGAAUUGAUUGGUUCUUGUAUUUUACUUGAUGGAUGGAUGUAUGGAUGUGGAAAUGGGAUGGGACAAAAAGAGAAGGAGGGAAAAUUGGAAGGGAAGGGAAAGG